GAACAAAAACACAAUCUGACCAGGAAGAGAAAACAGCUUGUUUCUAUUCAAUACAGCAACUCAUAAUUCAAUGCAACACAAUAUGGUAGAUAACAUCUUUUGCAGUUGUAUUACCGAUUGUGGGUUUCGUUUGCUUUUCCGGGUUUAGGUUUUAUGCUCUUUGAGUGACCAACGGUCUAAGGAGGUAAACGAGGAGGACUGAAUUAUCAAGAUAAACGUAUCAAUUGGAUUAGGCAGCUGGCAUUGCUUCUCCAUAAGAAACUUGUCAUCCAUGACCGAAUCCAACAGUUGUGAUGUACAUUUGUGAUUAUCCACCAUCAAAAUCAAAAACGAUAUGCAGGUGACAUUUACGAAUCAAAUCGCACUUUUGGUCUUUUUUCAUUCCGUAGCAGCUUCGCCGACUAUUUACUCCUUCGGUAGAACGUGCUCAUUGCAACCUCAUCAGGUGAAUGAAGAUUCUGUGUUCUAUGUUUCGUUUUAUAACGCCAGUAAUCCCAGUCAGAUCUGGUGUUCGCACAUAGCCUUUAGUGGACAUGGUUCGAAUUCCAAAGACAAAUAUCAGAUCUGUACGACUCCAAAAAUGUUUCUGGAUCCAUCGUGUAAUUUGAAACUAACCCUAAGGAACGGUUUAAAUGGCACGAUUUUCAAGACAUUUUCCUGUCACGAGAAACCAAUGUCUAAAUUCUGUGCUAAGCAAGGAGAGCAUCUCUACUUUGUUGCAGAAAUCCAAACAACAGAAAAAUGGACGCCACCAUAUUUUUUGUUCCAUGUGGAAGCUACAAAGACCUAUGACCAUGUCAUUACUGUUUCUGGAAUAUGUGGUGGUGUUUUUGGAGUAUCCAUUAUCAUCAUAAUUGCUGUCGCCUUGAAGUGCCGUAAAACGAAAGCGUCCAAUCCAUUUAUGAGGCGCAGAUUUGGAAAUACUCCAACAACAACGUACCAUGUGAUCAAGAAAGUAGGACUUCCUCAAUGAACUCAGGGUCAGCGUCUCCAACCGAUGACAUCCACUCGUCACCCAUACAUUCCGGACCUGACGUUAUUUUGGGUUCACCAUUCAACGAUUCCAUAAACUCUUCUGGACGAUCUGUGUUUUCGAGGUCUCCGCCACCAUAUGUGGAACAAGAUCCACCACCGGAAUACUCCACGAUUUGCACAUAAUUAUCACA